AUUUUGGCAUCUGCCUUUGGCAAAGCGAAAUUAGAGACAUUCCAAAGUUACGCUGGAAAAAAACAAGGUACGCACAGAUUCAAUCCUCAAAAUCUUCAUCCGCCUUUCUUAACCACCAGCUCUUUCCGCGAACUAGCUGAACUUCCUACUUGAUUACAUUAGAAUUGGCUCACAUAUGAUUUAGGGUUUCUAUUUUAAUCUUCACUACUAUUGCAGUCAGAGUAUUGUGAUGAAAGCAGGAUCACGGUCAACAAUGUGUCUUAAUCAGUAGGCGUGCAUUACCUCUAUGGCGGAACAUGCACUUGUUCCACCAACUGUGCAGCUACAUCUGCAUAGAAAUUCUAUACAAAAGCGGUCUUUUUUCCCAACAUAUGCACUAACUCGAACACGAAGGGAGUACUCCUCUAGAAGCUGCAAACUGAUUCAGUCCCAACCAUUGAACUUUUGGAAACCUACUUCCAGCUAUACAAAUCUAAAACUCCAUCAUCAGCGGGAUAAUUUAGCAAAGUGCAAAUGUUUGGGUGCUCUGGUCAAUGAACUCAAUUCAGAUGCUGCUAUGAGUGCUGAAUGGGUUCCUUAUGCUGACCAAGUACUUCUUAUGGCUAGCAUAUUUCUCACCUACAUCGCCGGUGUAGCUCCUGCUGGAGUGCCGCUUACAGAUGCUCGUAAAAGCACCUUGAGUGAUUCUACCGUGCCCAAAAACUCAUCCAUCUAUGGUAGUGCUGAAGAAAAUGAUAAUGAAGAUAACAUUCAGUUUGCUUGGGAUAUAGUUAAAAUCAAACUAUUGGAUUCCUUAUAUGCUGUGAAACAGGCUGUUAAAGAUGGCUAUAGAGUCUCUGGAAUGGAUAAAGAUGUUGCAUUGCAACGUUCUAGUUUAUUUGCUCUUGCAGAACUUCCCAGGUUACGUUGCUUGUGGGCAUCCUUUGAGUGGCUGAGGAAAGAGGUUGAUAGUAUCUCUGGAAGUACUAGUGUUGAUAUGUCAACGGUUUUUGCACGUAUCAUUCAGAACUCCGGCAAGGAUCUGUGUCUGGCGUGGCUGGAAGAGGAGCUUUGCCUAAAAGACAACCCACCUAAAAAGGUAUCUCGGGCAACUUCACCCAUACUAGUUACUCAUGUUUUUGCUGAGCCAAUGUGCAACUCUGAUAUUAAAAAAAAAAAAAAAAAAAUUGCUGAAAUUUUGUACCAGGCACUUCUUUCUGCAGGGAUUGAGAAAUUGAAAGGAUAUGACAAUAUUUUGGAAUACAUAAGAAAGUCAGGAAAGGAAGACUUAUACACAGAGCUGAUAGGUACCCUUAGAUUUGGAUCUGCAGGGCUGAGUGGCUGUUAUGAUCCUAACUUGUUCACCAAACAUGGAGUCUCAAUUCUAGAGGAUUUGGUAAUUACUUUGGCUGAUGGAAUAGCAACCAUGUAUGUGGAGCUCAUAUCUGUAGACAGUAGCGUGACCGCUGAGAUGAACUGUCUUGGUUCAAACUUGUGUUCUUUGUCAACCCGGGCACUUCAGAAACUACGGAAUGAGGUGGCAUUGCACCAGUGGUUACAUCAGAACAUGGAAUCUGUAGUUUCAAUGUACGAAGAUUGCUUUGAACUACGUACUUUUCAAACCCAACUUGUUGAGAGUAAUAGCAAGGCUGAAGCGGAGGAUUUUGGUUGGUGGAAAAAGCUUGGCUUGAGUAGAUCUGGACCUUUGACACCCACUUUGUCUUUUGUUGUUAUUUCUCAAAAAUCGAUGUCUGUCAAGCGGACCAAGGAACUAAGGGCUUUAACGGGAUGGAAGUAUUACUUCAGUCUAUUUCUUGAGCUGUCUGAUAUUGCAAUGCCAAUGAUAAGAACUGUUAUCAGUAAAGUCAGCGACGCCAUCUCCUUCUUUCUAGUUUGCUUGAUAGGGAGAUCAUUGGGGCUAAUUUACACUGGAAUAAGGCAGUCUUUGAGAUGGAAGUGAGUCAUUCCCUGUGCUUCAUAUUUUUGGUUUUCAUCCUCACUCCUUCUCACCUUUUCUGUCCCUUCGUUAUGCAUGAUUGACAAGGAUUAUCUUGACGUAGAGAAUUUUAUUUGGAUGAGGGUUUUUGGAGGCAUUGUCAUUUUAGUAGAGUAUGACCAAUGCAUGCUUUUUUGAAUAGUGUAGGAUUUUGGACAUUUUCAACUGUAUAUGAAAUAGAUGCCUCUUCAAUUUGCCAUUUUCAAGCCAGUAGCGAGCAGGUUAUUCUUUCUAGGUCAUUAUGGUACUGAUGCUGUUGUUUCUUUGAUGUCCAACUACAACUUUGAGAGCUUUUUCCCACUCAUAAUUCCGUACGGUUGAUUUUUCGGUUCAGGAAAAAAGUUUUCAUACUGGAUUGUUGUAAACUCAUGUUAAUGUCUGCUUAUUGUCAUGUUCAUGAGGAAUUCUUUUCAUUUUGUUGAGAAUUGGAGUGGGGAACUUGUUUAUAGAUUUCAUACAAGAGCGUCAGGCUUUGAGAUAGUUUCAACAACUCUUCAGUUUGCUAUCGGUUUGAUGGGUGCAAGUAUCCGAUUAAUAGCAUUCAAGGCACCUGAAAAGGCAAUUUACACUCGGUUACUGGCCAAAAUCAUUCAAGUCUUUUACUGGUCAUAAUAGAUUCAUUAAUACGGAAAUCAUCUUUUAUGACCAACCAUCAUACGGAUGCAUUGAGUUUUGCUUUGUUUAAAAUUUUUUCAGGAAAAACUAGCAAAUAUUAGGACACUUGGUUGAUGAGGAAGCAGGUUUUGUUUAAAAAUAUAGGUUCUUUAAUUCCUGGACUAAACGAGGAAAUCCAAAUCCUAGUCUCCUUUUGACCUAAAAAGCUGAACUUGGACUGUAAAGAGAGUUCCAGUAAAGAUAAAAUCUGGUGUGUAUGUGACGCCUUGUGUGAAUAAUGCAGGUCUGCUAGUAAAGUGGACUAUUAAAUUAUCCAUGCAUGAGCCCCUUUGGUGGUUUUUUGUUUUCUUUAAAAAAAUUUUGUUUUCAUGUCUACUACUUUUGGAAGUUGAGUAGUCAACACAAAUGACUAAAUGCCGUUCUCUGUUAUCAAUAACUUUUUGAUGCAUUUUUAAUCGUCUUGAGUUGGAGAUUUGUGUACUAUAUAUGUUGAUUGAUCCCUUAAUUAUUCAGGAAGCAAGGCGGAAAUAGGGAAAAUGACAGGCACAUUAGUGAAAUUUACUUUUUCUUCCAAAAGAUCCAAAAGUUAGAAAUUUGAGAAGAUAAUCCUUGUGCCCUACCAUCUUUACACCAUGUUCAUCUUUUUACUAAGAAACUUCUGAUUAUGAACUAAUCAAAUCAUGGUGUCCAAACUUUACAGAAAGUUUGGUUUUCCACUUGUAACUUUUUCCCAUUUUUACCGGAUUUAUAUGUAAAACAGGAAUGAAAUUCGAUGGACAGAAAUAGUAAUUUAGUUGGUCAAUUUAGGUCAUUCGUGGUUUGAAUUGAAGAUAUAUAGCUAUAAAAGACAUGUAGAAACGCUUCUUUUUGGUAUUAGUUUUAAGCAAUAUUUGGAUAGAAUUGUGAUCUUUGAUGAAUGUGGCAGUAAAUCUUGAACGCCGGUUAUAUAUUUAAGCUAGUCUAUUGCACUAACAUGGACAAUGUUAAAUGAUGGAGAA